CACUGACCAUCUCGCCCAUUCACCAUCUCAUUCACCAUGUCGUUAACUGCCUCACCACCUCACAGCCGCACUUGAUAACCACCCACCCAACGCUUAACCACUCACCAUCUCACUCACCCACUCGCUCACUCGAUUACCAUCUCACUCACCCAGUAGCUUGACCGCUCACCAUAUCGCUCACACAGCAGCUUAUUAUCUCACCAUCUCACUCAUCCACUCCUUCGCUCAUUCACUCAUUCGCUCACCAUCUCUCUCUCUCACACACACACAGGCUCGUUUUAAUAUGCUCACUAUCGCACUCGCGGUCACACACCCGCGCGUUUCAGAUCACGCAACACCACAACCACAGUGAAAAUGCGACAACAGCAUUAGCUGCCAUCCAUCCAUCCGUCCAUCCUCUCGGUGUCGUGCUAAGAUGUCUUGCGUGAGGCCGCUCUGGGCAUGGGGCCUGUGGACGGUGCUGGUCAGCCUGGCGCCCACCGCGUGGCCUGGCCUCGGCACUCACGCGCUCCACCCGGACGCUCCCACCGCUCCGGGCCCGCGGCCACCUGGUGCCCGCCCAUGCCUGGCGCCGGUCUGCCCGCGGUGGAAAACGACGAUGACGACGACGACGACACCGAAGCGCUCGCCGGGGCUCGCCGCGUUGGACUUCCCCGGCCGGAGCGUGAACCCCGCCGAGCGGCGCCCUGGCGGUGCAGUGGACGCCGGAGCCACGGGGCGUCUCCUCGGAUCCAAAGGUGCUGCGGCGGCGGCAGAAAGCGACGCCGCUAACCGGAUGGCGUUCCCCACCAGCCCAGUUCACAGCAACGCUGUGCACCGGUGGCCAGCAGCGCGAUGGACGGUGGCACCGGCGGCGGCGGUGUUGUUCCCUGGGUUGGGCAGCGAGAGUGUGAACGGGCGGUGGACGCGGUCGGUCGUUCUGCCGGUGUUGCCGCGGGCAAGGCAGGAUUCUCUGGGUGCCGUCAUUUCCAAAGCGCCAUCGACGGCGACAGCAACCGCGGCGGUGAUAGCGCCGCACUGGACGACGAUCGCACGGCGGUGGCCGCAGCGGCAGCAGCAGCGGCAGCGUCGUCGUCGUCGCCGACUGACUCGGCGGGGGGCAUCGACUGGCCGGCCCAAACCUCGGCCGCCCCGGAAGGCCCCGACGGAGGCCCCGGAAUACUUGGGAGCCGGCGGCGGCUGGAGGGGCGGCAUCGGCGAAGCCGAAACGACGACGUACAACGGCACGGUGGAGUGGGGCCCCACGGCUGCGGACGAGGACCUGUCUUCGAUCGAGGACGGGGAGGAUUUGCCGAGCCCGGUCGGGGGGAUGGCGGUGGCGGCGGCGUCGGCGGCGCCGGCAGCGACGGCGACGACCACAGAGACUGGAGACAGACGUGGGAGCGACGAUGGCAGGAAUGUGAACGAGCACGGCGAGAGCGAGGAGGAGGAGGAGGCGGGGACGGGAGGAGACGGCGAUGGCGAUGGCAGACGGGGAGAAGGGACGACGUCGCCGGUGCGGAUCCGCACGCCGGCGAACGUGGACUGGGGGCGGGGCAAGGACAUCGCCGUGGACCGGACGCCUGGCGGAGCGGCGCGCUCCAGCGGUCUCACUGCGCGCCAGGUCACCACCAUCGUCAGCAUUUGCUCCAUCAGCUUCGUGGUCAUUGCUGCCGCUGUUGUCCUGCGAACCAGCUGGGUGCGCUCUCGCAACCGACGCAAUGUCCUGCAGCGAGACGGGGGCAGCGGCAUCGAGGAGACCUGCCCCACCGUCUCGCCGUUCCACGCUUGCAAGGCCGCGGCGGCGGCGUCGGCAGCGGCGGCGGCGGCCGCUUCGGCGGCCACCUCGUCGAUGACGGCGUCGUCGCGCGUCGGGACGUACGCCCCCUACGCCGAGCCGCCCUCGCCGGAGCCGGCGCGGCCGCCCUCCUCCUGCUCGACCGCGCCGGGCCAGCCACAGAUGCUGCAGCACCUGGCCCAGCGGGCCCACCACCAGCUGCAGGGCCAGCCGCAACACCACCCCCCCGCGGCGCAUCAUCACCACCACCACCCGCCGCCGCCCCACCACCAGGCGCACCACCACGCUGUGUCGCACCACCACCAGCAGCAGCAGCACCACCAUCUGCACGUGCUUCAUCAAAAGCAGCAGCAGCAGCACGAGAUGAUGUUGCCGCCGUCCGUUUCGGCCGCGAUGCCGGCGGUGGCGCGCGGGGCGGCCCCGGCGGCGCCGUUGGCGGCGGCUCCGCAGUGCGCGCCGUCCGUCUCCACGGUGACGGCGGUCAUCUGCGAGCGCCCGCGGGAGAGGCCGGCCGAGGGGCAGACGAUGCAGGCGCCGCAGACGCUGGCGCAGAUCGCGCCGCCCGCCGCCACCGCCGCCGCGGCGUCGAUCGUCCCGGGCCUCGCGCUCGGGCCGCGCCUCUCGCUGGCGUCGCUGCCGGGCCUCGUGCCAGCCGGGAACGCCGCUCACGAGCCGAAAGUGCAGCAGCAGCAGCUGCUGUUGCAACAGCAGCAGCUGCAGCAGCAACAGCUGCAACUGCAGCAGCAGCAGCUGCAGCAACAGCAGCAGCAACAGCAGCAGCAACAGCAGCAGCAACAGCCGCUGAUACCAACAAUCUACAAAGUUCCAUACGGCAGCAACAGACCAAGAUUUUAAAAGCUGGAACAAAAAAACACGGCGGCCGUUCUAUGAUUUGUCGCAUUUAGGGGCAAGGAGACGCAGGGACACGUGUCGUGAAUUAGCAAGAAAAACCACAACGUUUGACCACUGGUUAAGCACGAAAAAAACCAAACAACACACAAAAAACAGCACGACCGAAGAAAAGAACCCCCGAAGACCUGUCUUUGUUGGCGUGGAAAUGGACACCCGGCUGGGAUGCCCUCUGAAUGCUCUGCGCGGAACGAGAAAGACAAACCACGGAAUUAUUUGACCGCCGAGUUUUUCAAACAACCAAAUUGGAAUUUGCCGGUGCAAACAAA